UCUGGCUCCAGCUCAGCCCAUAUGUCUAACUACUAACAAAAACUCCCACCACAUAAUUUUAAAUACAUUCCUUCAGUCAGCUGCCUCUAUGCUACUAGCUUUUAUCGUACAUCGUUAUUCUUCUCUUUCCUCGAACCAGAAACUUCCUGAGCGAAAUUCUCCCACAAAGUUGUCUCUCUUUUUCGUUCACGUUUCUUCCCUCUUCUCUAUAAAGCUUUUUGUUUAAUUUUGCUCAUCGGCUUCCAGAUUGGAAAAAGAUAUGGCAAGAAUUGGUGCUUUUCUUGUUUGUCUGGUGCUUGUGGGAAUAGAUGCUGUUGCUGGAAUUUUCGGCAUUCAAGCCGAACAAGAUAGAAACAAGCGUACAGAUGAUCGUCCCAAACGGGAAGACAGGGAGUUUUCAGUGUAGAGAAACAAAAGGUGACGGAUUCAGGCUUGGGGUAGCUGCCACAGCACUUUUGGCAGUAGCCCACCUUGCAGCUAACUUGCAUGGUGGCUUUAUGUGCAUUUGUUGCAUGGAACAGCUGGAAAGAUCGCCCAGUAACAGGCAACUAUGGUUUGCAUGUCUCGUUUUCUCCUGGAUUGUAGCUGCCAUUGGAUUCCCUAUGCUUAUUACAGGCACAUUAGAAAUUUCCAAAUCAAGAGGGUCAUGUACAGCCUUGCAUAGUCAUUUUCUGUCUACUGGUGGAAUAUUCUGCUUUGUACAUGCCUUAUUCUGCAUUCUUCUAUUUGUUUGUGCGUCUAUUAGCUUCGGAAAUAGAAUGGUAAAUGAACAUGAAUCACCUUCUUAAUUUUUAUUGUCUAUUAUAUAUGCUUGGAAGUUUGGGUUGAGCAGAAGAAACAGAUGUGUUUCCACAUAAUACUACUACUCCAUAGUACUCCAGUCAUCAUCGAUCCUUUACUCAAUUAUCUUAUUGAUUUGAUUCCACUUUCGGGCAA